AUGUCUGACAUUUCCAACUUUGUCACCGCCCUCGAGGCCGCCCAGAAGAAGGAGAAGUACACUGCCGAGGUCCAGGCCGCCGCCGAGGGUAUCGAUGUCGCUACCCUGAAGGCUGCUGUUGCCGCCGCCGAUGCCAUGGGUGACACUGAGACCGUCGGUGAUGAGGCUCAGGCUGCUGCCCUCAAGGCUGGUUUUGAGUUCGCCGUUAAGGUCGUCAUGAUGCUCACCUCUGCCCCUGGACCUUUCGAGAAGAAGGACCUUUACGUCCACUUCAAGGUUGCCAAGCAAGAGAUUCUUGAGAAGCCCGGCAUGUUCGAUAUGGUGAAGAAGCAGCUCUUCGGCGAGUGGGAGAAGAUCAAGCACUUCACUCCCCAGAAGUCGCAGGCUAUUUACAUCAAGCACGUCAACACCCUGAUUGGCAAGUACGGUACCCGUGACCAGUAA